AUGACAGAAAAGGUCGCUAAUUGGCGACUUAAUCGAAAGAAUUUCGAACAUCGACGAAGAAUGAUGCUUCUUGCCAAAGCAAAUGGUCGUUUUUUGAAGGAAUGCGAGCAGCUGAAUGAGGGUUUAACUCAAUGGGCUCAAACUACCACCAAUUUCAUCAAUGAAUCUAUUAACAUUGCUGCUUCUCCAGAUGAUCAAUCGCAACGUUAUAAUGAUGAUUAUUCGCUUCCAAAUUUUACAUCUCCAACUAGGAAUGAGUCUUAUGAACCUCAAGAUAAACAAAAUAUACUCUCGACAAGUUCAGAUUCAUUAUCAAGACCUAUUGAAAAAGUAGACUUAGCUGCGGCUUUAGUCGCCUUGAAAAAUCGUCAUUCUUUAUCAGCAAUCUGCAUCACCGAUAUAUGUUCACUAUUGUGUGUUUUAAAUGUGCCUGGUGCUCCUCGUAGUUGGUUUCAAAUCAAAAAAGCACUUGAUAAAUCAUGUGCAUCUACUCUUGAUCGAACAGUGUGGUGGAUAUGUCCAAGUUGCAAAAAGGUCUCUGAUAACAAGUUUACUUGCUCAAAUGCUAAUUGUAGCUGGCGUUUUGCACCUCCUGCAUCAAUGCCAAAUUAUUUUUAUACUUUUAAUAUUCGUGAUCAACUUUCUUCAAUAUUAGCUACUACAGCAGAUAUGUAUUUACAAAAACGUACAAACGUUACACCACAUUCAGUUUUAUCAAUGAAAGAUAUUGUUGAUGGUAACUACUAUCGAAAACUACUUGAUGAAGAAUCUGACGACAUUUUAACUCUAACUAUGAGUACAGACGGAAUACAACCAUUUAAAAGUACAGAAAAGUCAAUAUGGCCUGUAACUUUUAUAAUUAAUGAAAUUAAACGUAAAAAGCGAUUUAGCUUCCAAAACUUAAUACUUGGUGGAGUCUGGCCUGGUCCUGCAAAACCAAAGCGGUUUGAAAUGUCAGCUGUGUUGGAAACAAUUAUUGUACAACUUAAGGAGUUGGAGAAAGGAUCUUAUUUUGAAUGUUGUUCAGAUGCAGGCUAUGUUUCACGAUUUUUAAAAGUUUUUUUAAUUUGUGCAUGCAUGGAUAAACCAGCACAAGCAUUGGUACAAAAUUUACCCGAACCAACCGCAAAAUUUGGAUGCGGAAGAUGUGAAAUUCGUGAACUAAAUGAUAUUGAAAUAGAAAAAAUUAAUCGUCAUUCACUUGAUCGCAAAGGUAAGCGUCAACUCAAGCAAAAAUUAAUCAAAAAUAAGGAGUCUGAACAUGGAAUCCUCGGUCCUUGUGUGAUUCGUCAAUUGAAAUAUUUUGACGUUGGAUUCAGUUUUGUAUCAGAUAAUCUACACAACGUGUAUCAAGGUGUAACUAGGAAGUUAUUGUCUCUUUGGCUUCAUGCUGAUUAUAAAAGAGAAGAUUGGUCGUGUUAUAAUCAUAUCCAUCAACUGUCAUCAAUGCUUCAAUCAUUUCGUUUUCCUUCAACAACUGGUCGACGACCACGUUCACUACUUAAAUUCAAAAAGACAAUCAAGAUUGGACGUGUUCGUUAUACAACUGCAGACUACUCAAAAUCAAAGGCAGCUGAUGAUUCUGCAGUUCUAUUCAGAAUUCAAGAUGCAAUUCAUUUUGGUUUAAUAACUGCAAUAUUUAUUGCUACAGGUGAUGAAAUUUUACUGGAACUUUGGCCGCUUUCUGAUGUCAAAAACUUAUCAAUAGUUACAAAUGGUCAAAGGAUCGAUAUAACAUCAAUUCAAGAAGGAAAAUUACAUAAAAACAAUAACUAUUACUAUGUACCAGUAAAUGAUAUCAUUGAAAAAUGCGUCUACUGGGAAAAAAACUCUGGCACAGUUUGUUUUUUUCGCUAUCCCGAUCUUGAAGAAUCCUCAUGA